UUUAGUAUUAGUGGUUUCUAAGGCUAUGUCAUGUAACUUUAUUGCAUACACUGUAGUGCUUUUUGUCAAAAGUCAUCAAGUCCUAUGUUUACCAUUAAUUCGUUACCUCUUAGAAUAAUCUCCUAUAGAUUAAAUGAAGACAUUCUAUUCCUUACAGUCUUUUUACUGCAUUUUAAAGCAAUUGCAGUAUAUUUGAAAUCUAGUCUAUUCAUGGCCACUAGCUUUAAUAUAUAUAGCCAUCUAUGCUAACGUGAAGAUGCUCUUUUUUUUAGUCUUUAAUAAUAUAGCAAUUUGUAUUAAUAAUAAAUAUUGUAUCUUUUCAGGUUAAAACCUGCAGCCUACAUGAAAUUAUGAAUUUCUUUGAUGGCGUCGUUGUGCAUUUUAUCUUGAUAAAAUUCGUUUUCAGGUGUUUUCAGAGCAUUUCUGUCCUUAUUGUUAUUAAAUUAAUGCAUAGUCUUUUUAAAAGCGUUGUAUGAAUCGCCGUCUCUUCUGUUUGCACUGUAACGGAUGCAGUUAUUCUGUUUGCUAUGCUAGAUUAGUUAAAGAUUAGUGGUGUGGUUACCAGGAUACGUGUCCAGUAUGACCUGCUCCAUCUGUGUAUGGAACUGUACCGAUGUCUCAUUUCAGGAACUGUGGAAGUGGAGCGCAUCAUCAGCGCAAAACUACAGCUGAAGAAGAAAGCUGAGCACUUGAAGGCGGACCUGAUGAGGCAGUUCGACACUCAAGUCAAUGAAUUCAUGGACAGCCUGAUAGAGGAGUCUGCCAGUCUGGAUUCAUCCCGCGUGAGCACAGCCUUUCCUCUCCCGGAUAAGGAGAAAAGCAAACUCAGGCAUACACAACCUUCCCAAGGCCAAAGCAAGCAGUUUGUGAUCCGCCGAUCCCUUUUAGACGAUCUGUUUGAGGUGAACCACAUUCGCACCAUCUAUCACAUGUUCAUCGCCCUCCUCAUCCUCUUCAUCUUCAGCACGCUCGUCGUGGACUUCAUCGAUGAGGGCAGACUGGUGCUUGAGUUUGAUCUGUUGGUGUACGCGUUUGGCCAGUUCCCCCUAGUGGUUGUCACGUGGAUGUGUAUGUUCCUGUCCACGCUUGUAGUUCCAUAUGUAUUGCUCAGUGUCUGGGCUAGCGUUUCCGCGUCAAACCAUCGGGCCUUAUGGACGGUGCUGGCCGGUUCUCUCUUGCUGCUGUACCAGGGACUGUGUUUGGGUUUCUUGCCCACAUACGUGGUGCUGAAGAACAGCCUUCCCCCUGCUUCAUGCUUCAUACUUAUUCUAGAACAGGUGCGGCUGAUAAUGAAGGCUCACUCUUUCAAGGAAAAUGUGCCAAGAGUGCGAUCCUUAGAACGAAACAAAGCAAAUUCUUUAGCUGUACCUCAGUUCACCCAGUACAUUUACUUUCUAUUUGCACCCACCCUGAUAUACAGAGAUAAUUAUCCACGAAAUCCAUGUAUUCGGUGGGGUUACGUGGCUACAAAGUUUUCGCAGGUUCUGGGCUCUUUGUUUUAUGCGUACUACAUAUUUGUGCGGCUGUGUAUCCCUCAGUUCCGCAGCAUCAGCAUGCAGCUCUUUGAUCUGAGGGCCAUGGUGUUGUGUGUCUUCAACUCUAUACUGCCAGGAGUGCUGGUGCUUUUUUUGGCAUUUUUUGCCUUUCUUCAUUGCUGGCUUAAUGCAUUUGCUGAAAUGCUAAGGUUUGGAGACAGAAUGUUUUAUAAGGACUGGUGGAACUCUACUUCAUUUGCCAACUAUUACCGCACAUGGAAUGUUGUAGUACAUGAUUGGCUUUAUUACUAUGUCUACAGGGACUUUCUGUGGAUGACACAGAAGCGAUUCGCGUGCAGCGCCAUGUUGAUCGUUUUUACUGUGUCUGCUGUGGUGCACGAGUACGUUCUGGCCAUCUGCUUUGGCUUCUUCUAUCCCGUCUUGUUCUGCAUCUUCAUGUGCUUUGGAAUGGUGUUUAACUUCGUUCUUAAUGACCGGAGGAAAGGGCCGAUCUGGAACGUGAUCAUGUGGACUGCGCUGUUCUUGGGUCAGGGCGUUCUCAUCUGUCUCUACUCUCAGGAGUGGUAUGCGCAGCGCUUCUGCCCCAUUCAAGAGCCUUCUUUCCUAGACUUGCUGAAGCCUCGAUCUUGGACUUGUACGCCACAGACUAACACUGCCGUACGUGCUCACUGAAGACCACAAUACCAGCCUCCAGACGAAUCAGAUUUGUCCUUAAUGUAUUCUGGAACUUUUUUUUAGCAUUCUAUAGGUAUUGCACUCUGACCAAACAAACUGAAAAGUGACAAUCGUACUUUAUAAUCACGAGGACAAUGUUUUACGAAGAGGCCUUAGAUAUUUAAUAUUUAUUAUGACAUCCACAUUAGAAUGCAGAACGGUUAUAAUGUGCAUUAGGAUUAUUUCUUUGUUUCUUUUCAAAAGUUUUUGGCAGUCUAUUUUAGGUUAUGUCUGAUCUGGCUAAAGAGAUUCUAUUUUUAGAAGCCUCUGUGAUGUUGAGGAGUUGACUUGAGAUCGGAUUAUACAGUAAAUGUGUUUUGUUUACUGCCUCUUCUUAGAUAGUGUUUGAUAUUGUGGUGUAAAUCCAGCACUGGAGAGGCCAUGGAAGAUUAUACAUGUGGUGCAUUUUAACCAGUAUGGCCGGACUACUCAAAACUUGAAUAUUUACAAGCUGGGUUGUGAAUUCUAAAACCCCAGUGGAUUUUAAAUGAUGUGCCAUACUGCUGUGAAAAACAAAAAUAGUUUAAAAUAGUUUACUUCUUACAAUUUAUUCCUAGAGUUUUAAUUAAAAUGACUUUGAUUUGGGGAAAUUGUUCUUUCUGCCAGUUUUAUUUGCUUUAGUUACUGUUCGAAGAGUUGGACUGAUAGGUCUGGACUUUGGAAAUUUGGAUUUCAUGUUUUUUUUUUUCCUUUUCCUAGGGUUAAACUAAUUAGAUGCUAAUUUAAAAGUUAUGCUUUAGGAAUUAUUUAUUGCAAAACAGGGUAUUGAAUUUUGGAAGUGUUGAGCUUUUGCAGCUGGCUGCACUCGUGAUCAUUAUACUAAUGGUUUUCAAGCACAAUCCCUUUGUUAGUCAUACAUUAUUAUGUACACUGCCAUGCAGGGGGGGGUUAUUUUAAAAUAGUAAUAAUGAAGUCUAGGAAAUUUUGAAUGGCAUUUAUUAGUGCAAAUGUUUUUUUUUUUAUUUUUGACUGAAUUCUCUCUUUGAUCCCACAAGAUUGUAUUACGUUUUUAAAACAUACUUGCAAUAACAGUGUUGACCAGCAGGUGGUGAUGGAGAGUUGAACGUUAGGACUACUGUAUAUCUGCACACAGCAUUUAAAAUUUGAUUUCUUUAUGGCUCUUGGCCAUAAAGUUCUGUUGUCAUUUCUAGAAUAGCCGAUGGCUGUAAUUUUUAUCACAAAAAAAAGUGAUCAAUAUUUUGGAAUAAUCUAAACUGAUGCCAUAUUUUUAAACUACUAACUUUUAUCUUGUGAAACGUUCAGUGCGUAGCCUGUACCAACAUGCUCUGUAAUGGACAAAUAAACAGUUUAACUGAC